AUGAAAUUAUGUUUAACUUGUAGUUCACAGUCUAGAGCUGAUUUGUUGACGUUGGGAUUGGCUGUGACCAACAUACUAGCAGGUCUGGUAUGGCUGUCAAUCAGACCAAAAUCUAUAUCUAAGGUGAAUCCCGAAGGGAUCGAAUGCGAGAGAAUGCAUUCUAAUCUCCCAAACACCCUGCUUUCUGAGUUAUUGUGGGCAUGGGAAUCUCUGUCAGAUGUGACGUGCUGCCGGUCUCUUGUUAUAGUUUAUGAUGGCAGAUGUAUCCUUCAGAUUGGUUUUGCAGCAGAAUCUUCUAAUGGUAAUGGCAAGGCUGUGUCUGUGGAUGCUGAUAAACUGAUGCAAGGAUCACUCUAUCGAGGUGUUAUGAAAUCAGGAGUUCAGAGCUAUUUGGCAAACCUAUAUCUUUAUCCUGGAAAAUCUGAGCUGCCAUUUCUGCCUUCAAAUACACAGGCAGUAAUAUUGCAGCCACUUGGAGACAAAGGGAUCACAAUAAUUGGUGGUGACACGGUUAGAGGAUUCACAUCUGCCGAUCAGGCAUGGAUUUCAUUAAUUGGAGAGAAGCUGGAUUCUACUCUAGCAAAGUAUGUGGAUAACCCCACAUUGGUUGUGCAAGAUCCAGUUUUCAAGUAA